AUGGAGACCCUCAUCUUCGGCAAUCUCACCUCGCCUGCCCUUGCCAGCAACAUUAGGUCCAGUGACCUUAGGGUCACUGCUUCUAUUGCUCAAAUUUACAAGCCCUAUGUCUUAUUAAGGUAUGUUUUUCUUGAUUCUAACUUCUCAAUGUUUUCGCUCUUCUAUAAGAUUCUCAUGGCUCCUUUACUUUCCAUCUUCGUGCUGUUAGUGUUUGUACUCCACGUUGCCUCUGAAUCCACGAGAGAAGUAGUAGAACAAAUCGAUGGAGAAGAAUUCACUGAGGAGUUGCUUUUCAGGUCACUUCUUGAUCAGAAAGCUCUUUCUGAUUUUCACUUCAAGACUAUCCCUUCGAGUCCUUCAUUUGGAGAUUUUGUUGUCUGGAAAGGGGAGACUGCAACUCCUACUCCUGCUCUAGCUUGGUCAACUGAUUCAGGAAAGAUUGCAAGGCAUACUUCCUUAAGGUACAUACUUAAAGAAAAAGAGAAUAAAGGUGGUGGUUCUUCUGUUCAACAACAACAACAUCAAGUUGAUGCUAAGUUGAAGGCCACAGUUGAGAAAGAGGUUGGUAGGAUAAGAGGUUUGGUUGGAUUAGCUUUUUCCACAGCACAGAAGAUUAGGGACAGAAAUACAAAUUGGCUUUCAAAUCAUGGUGAAGAAGCUAAGCUAACAGAGUUGUGUGGCUUUGUGAUGAAAGAUGAAUGA